CAUGCAACCCUCAUCCAGAAAGCCAAUGCUCAUUCAUUGCCUUUGCUGAGCGGGAGAGGUAGAGGUCAUGGGAGUAGAAGAAGAGAACCCUCUUCUGCUUUCAGGGCUAGAAGCAAAUACACAACGACAUCAACAAGAACACCUAUCGAGUGGUGUAUCCAACAGCACGAUUAAGGAAAUAUGGCUGGAAUCAAAGAAGUUAUGGCAAAUUGCAGGUCCUUCAAUCUUUAGCCGCCUAGCCAUGUUCUCCAUGACUGUCAUAACCCAAUCAUUCGCUGGCCACCUCGGUGAUCUCAAUCUUGCCUCCAUCUCUAUUGCCACCACUCUCAUCAUCUCUAUCAGUUUUGGUUUCCUGUUAGGCAUGGCAAGUGCAUUGGAAACAUUAUGUGGUCGAGCCUAUGGGGCUAAACAGUACCACAUGUUGGGCAUAUACAUGCAACGUUCUUGGAUUGUUUUGUUUUUAUGCUCAAUUUUGUUACUACCCUUGUUUUUGUUUGCAACUCCGAUAUUGAAGUUGAUAGGACAGCCUGCAGACAUAGCAGAACGGACAGGUUUAGUGGCGAUGUGGUUAAUUCCAUUUCACUUCAGUUUCCCAUUUCAGUUCACGUUACAGAGGUUCUUGCAGAGCCAGUUAAAGAAUGGAGUGAUUGCUCUGGUGUCUGGUGGGGCUCUUUUGAUACAUGUGAUUUUGAGUUGGGUUUUUGUUUACAAGUUGAGAGUUGGGAUUGUUGGGACUGCACUGACUCUUGAUUUCUCUUGGUGGGUGUCUGUUUUUGGGAUGUUUAUCUACUGUGUUUGUGGUGGGUGUCAACUUUCUUGGACUGGGUUCUCUACACAAGCUUUUACGGGGCUUUGGGAGUUUUUCAAACUCUCUGUGGCUUCUGGGAUCAUGCUAUUAUUGGAGAACAUCUAUUAUAGAGUGUUGAUUACGGUAUCUGGAUUUGUGCCCAACACUAAAGUUGCAGUUGAUGCCCUUUCCAUCUGUGUAACGAUACUCAGCUGGGAAUCCAUGAUUCCACUUGGAUUUUUGGCUGCAACGGGGGUUCGCGUGGCAAAUGAACUAGGUGCAGGCAAUGCAAAAGGUGCCAAAUUUGCCACCAUCGUGUCAUUAUUGACCUCUUUAGUGAUUGGACUAUUGUUUUGGUCAAUUGUCAUAGCCUUCCCGGAGAAUCUUGCGAUGAUUUUCACCUCUAGCUCCUUUGUUAUUUUGAUGGUUAAUGAGUUAGCAGUCUUGCUGGCAUUCACCAUUCUGCUUAAUUGCAUACAACCAGUUCUUACAGGUGUGGCAAUUGGAUCUGGUUGGCAAGCAUUAGUAGCUUAUAUAAACAUAGGUAGCUGCUACAUAGUUGGGGUGCCUCUUGGGGUCCUGUUGGGUUGGUUGCUCCACUUUGGUAUUAAAGGUCUUUGGGCUGGAAUGAUUUGCGGAACUGUGGUUCAGACGUUGGUACUCUCUGUCGUCACCAUGAAAUGUGAAUGGGAGAAGGAGGCAGAGAAAACUCAAAUCCACAUAACUGAGGAAGCAGCCUCAACCUAAUGAAAUGUUGAUCGAGAAUGUCUAGUGGCUUGUGGCUAUGUAGACUGGAGAGAAAUGGUCUGGUUCCACUACAAGAGUCUCAGCACUCAGCCUUCCAAGACACCAGUUGGUGGGAUGGGAAGGGGAGCACAAUUGAGCAGUGGCGUUUUUAUUAAUUUUGCACCCAUACCGUCUAGCAAUGCCUGUGAAUGAAAAUUGUUUUACAGUAAUUAUGGUUCCAUGCAUCAGUCAUUUGUCCUUCAGCCCUGAGUGCAAAUAGAAAUGGUUAUCUUUCCUUGUAGCAGAACUUGCAUCUGUUAAAUAUGAUUUGACCUGGUGUUUCUUGUAAAAGGAUCAUUAGAAUCCCCUUUCUUAUUA